AUGGUGUACUCUAUCUUUUGUAGUUUAAAGGCCCCAAAGAGACGAGAGGUUUGCGUGUCUGUGUUCUGGAGAUAUCUUCCAUUUUCUGUUUUGGGGAGCAAGUACCUUAGUUUGAAGGUCCCGAAGAGACAAGAGGUUUGCGUGUCCGCGUUCUGGAGAUAUGUUACAUUUUCUGUUUUGGGGAGUCCCAAAGAGAUGAGAGGUUUGCGUGUCCGCGUUCUAGAGAUAUGUUACAUUUUCUGUUUUGGGCCGGCUCAAGCAGUAGCCAGGCCAGAUCAAUCGGCUCGGCUCGGCUCGGCUGUGGCUUGA